UGCCGUCAGCUGUUGGAUCAAAACAUUGCGGGGUGGAGAGAAGGAAGGAGAGGAACGGGAGAGGCAGAGAGGCGUUUAGAGGGUGAAAAAUGGGGAGCAGCACGUCAAAACUGAAGAGAUGGAUGAGCAGCAGUGCAGACGAGGUGGAGGGAAAGGAGAACGGUGAAAGAGCAGUGAAAAGACUUGCCUCUCCCUUCGUGUACAUGAGAAGAGGCUCUAUGUACCUGGAUGAGGAUGGGGACGUGGCACAUGAGUUCUACGAGGAGGUGCCGCCACUGAGAAGAGGCAUCAAGGCUACCAUGCGACAGAUCCUUACUAAUCUCACCCCUCAGGGUGACGUGCGGCUGCCGUUCCCUUGCCUGCACACAGACUUCCCCAUUGUGAUGUACCAGGACUCCCAGGAGGACCCGCGCAUCUCCCAGCGGUGACCCCGGGGCCCGCACCUACCCUAAGGGUGUGACCAGCGGGCCAGCGAACGACGGGGUGCCGAGGAAGCCAUGCCGACCGUGGCGCAUGUGGUUGGCCGCCGCGAGUGUUGUGGUGUGCAUGCAUGCCGUACUGUGUCUGUGCGUGCGUGUGUCAAGCCUUCCCAUUCCUUCUGUCCCCACCCCCCAUCACCUCCAUCACCUCACUACUCCCUCGUGUUGCCUGCUGUGGUGUGCUGCGGGUGACGGGUGGCUGUGGUGGCUUGGAGGGUGUUUCCUAUGUUCCAGUGUGUUUCGUCUGUGGUGGUCAUUUCGAUGUUUCUUGGACCCGUUCCCCCGGCUGUGGUGCAGAGUGUUGGUUGGUGCGGCGUUAGUGUUACGAUGUUAUGGCGGUCUUGCUCACUCUUAUCUCACGAGGUCAUUUUUUGAAAUACUUCUCUCACAUCUUUACUUUCAAAAGGCUCUAGUUGAAGUGACGCAGGUUUUUAUGCAUUAUCACUACUUUCUAAAGGCUCUAGUUGAAGUGAGGCAGGUUGUUAUGGUUGAAGUGACACAGGUUUUUAUGGUUUUAGUGACAGGUUAAGAUUUCUACAUGACUGAAAGGAGAAACAGUCUUAGGAACCUAACUAAUCAUCUCUGUAGCCUUGGAAAACAGUGGUGAGAGGGCAGUGUUUCUGAAUCCUGGCCUUUCUUAGUCCUUACAUUCUUUUAGCCACACACCACCACAUCAACUCAGAAAGUUAUAUAGUGUCUAGUGAAGAGAUAUUGCAACUACUGUAUGUGCGAGUGUCUAUUUGUGUGUGUGUGUGUGUGUGUGUGUGUGUGGGUCGGGGUAGAGAAUACAGUUACCCCUUCACCAGCCUUUCUCACCAAGCAUUCACAACAAACCUGGCUGUGUUCCUCACUUGACUGACAUUCAUGCUCUCUACUUAUCAUGUCUCGGGGAGUGUCUGCACCUUGUUGUGUCGCUACUUUCAAGAUACUGAUGAUGAUGAUGAUGUCUUGUGUGCUGCUGCUGAUGAUGUGUCCUGUGCAGCCCCUCGUAACUCAGAUUUGUGUCCUGAGUCCCCUUAAUGCUGCCAAGAUGUGCUGUAUUCAAUGUGCUUUCAUUUUUUUUUUAGCUACUAGUGUUUAUAUAACUUAGUGUAAGGUUAUGUUCCCUAGUUUUGCUUGUGUUGUGUUUAAAAGGCAAGACAGUUGGGAGUGUUUCCUCUGUGUGCUAUUAAGUUGUACCACCAGUCUUGUUUUUUUUUUUUUUUUUUUUUAUAUUUAUUUAUUUAAGAAGGGAAUAUUGGCUAAGGACAACACAAAAGACUAAAAAAAUAGGAUCUCUUUAGGUCUUUGAUGGUAGUUUGUGUUGUGUGAGACAGUGGUGAGUGUUGGCCUCUUGUGUUGCAGUUUGCUCUCUUGUUGUGGUCUGCUGGGAGGUUGUCGAGCUGUAACCCUUUAACCCUUUCACUGCCACAGUCUUCACCAUUUUUGCUCCCUGACAAGUUUCUGAAGCUGUAUAGAAUCACCAGGUAGUCAGUAGAAAGAAUAUGGAAAUGUGUCAUGGUACUCAAGGGUUUAAACAAAAAUGUCCACCAAGAUGCCAGAGAAUAGCAGCUUCAUUUCCACCUUUCAACUUUUUUUUUUUAUUUUUUUUUUUAUUCUUUCUGUUUAAGGUAGAGGGAAAACUAACGCAGGGCAACAAUAACAAACAAAACGCCCACUGAGGUGCCAGAGAGUAGCAGCUUCAUUUAAUCUUUUGCCUUUUUUUUUUUUUAUUCUUUCUGUUUAUGUAGGAGGGGAAAUUGACCAAGGGCGACAAUAACAAACAAAACAAGCCUGCUGAGAUGCCAGAGGGUAGCAGCUUCACUUCACCUUUCCUUGAUACACAGCAGGAAAGACAGAAAUGUGAUAUGUAAAAUUUUUUGGUUUGGUUAAUGAUGAAAAUAAAGUAGUCUAGAGGUUAAGAAAAGGCAGUGUCCAGGUAGUGAAAGGGUUAAGCUUACAGUCGUAUUGCGUGGCAGCCUUUGAGAAGCAGAACAAGAGGCAAGACAGCACCAUAAAGAGCCUUGCUGGAACUGAACCUUAGUGACAGCACCAACUCUACACCCCACAGUUUACGAGCCUUGCAUCUCUGGCUGCUACUGUUGCUCUGUGUGUGUGUGUGUGUGUGUGUGUGUGUGCGUACAUGUCUCACCAUGCUGCUAUUGGUGUAGGAGAGUUAUGUUGUGAUUAACCGAAUUUUUACCUAAUUUUUUGGUGCAAACAUGCCUGCCUCUGUGUUGGCUUACUUUUUGUGUUAGUGAGGUGUUGUUGUGUGGUUAGGGGGGGGGGAUGUCAGGCUGGCUGUAUCAAGAGUUUGGUCAGGUUGGGUCUCCUGUUUGUCAGCCUGUGCCUCCCCUCACUGCUGCUGCUGUUGCUGUGUGGGCCACAAUCAGUGUGUGUCACAGACCUGCAUUACUUUGUGUUCACUUCAGAAUCAGACUUGACAAAACUAUAACAUUGCUUCUUGUGGAAAUGUUUAGUAUGCUUUUCAUUUUUAUAAAUCUGGACUAGAAUAAUGAAAAGAAUAUUCCUGCAGUUUGUACUAAAAAUAUUCAGAAUGUUUGUAGUAGAAAUAUUGAGAAUGUUUAUCAGCUUGUAAUUGUGGACCAUAAUGACCAGGAAAGAAUAUUGUUGGUCUGUUCAUUAAUCUGGAAAAAACAUUGUUGCAGUCUAUUUAAUGUACUUAUUUAUCAAUUUAUAGACUUGUAGCAGAAUAUGAAGGAAACAUGGCUGCAGUGUUUGUAGUGAUGUGCGAGGGCAGGAAUAAUGGAGAAAGUUGUUACAGUCUACAAACAUUCAUCUCUGUAAAUCUGAACCAAAGUGAGUUGACAAGCACGGCUGCAGUAUGGAGAAGUGAUAGUGUGUAUGUGAUCAUUCUUUUGGAGUAAAUGUGAACACAUGAGAAAAUUAAUGUCUGUUAUAGGAAUGUUUUAGGUCUAGUUAUCUUUUCUUAAGCUCGUACACACAGCCCAAAACAUUAUUAUUGUUAUUAUUAUUAUUAUUAUUAUUAUUAUUAUUAUUAUUAUUAUUAUUAUAGUAUUAUUAUUAUUUAUUUGGUUUUAUCUGUUAAUUUAUUAUUAUUGUUGUGGAUAUGAAUUGGUGUUUAUUUAAUUAGCAGGUGUGCAGUGUUGGUUAGCAGGUGUGUCUUCAUUAGAAACACACUCGGGUCACGCAUCACCACUCUCACCACAGACUCGCGCUUUCACUGUCAAUAUUACUACAGAACACUUGGGUUGUAUAGUGGUAAUGUGUCUGUCUGUGUGUCACUGUACCAGGCUCAGUAGACAGCAAUAAUGCAAAACGGAAAGGGUUGUAAAACUCUCACUAGAAAGGGGAAAAAUAAUAUAUAUCCAUUAUCACUCCCAAAUAUCUAUAUACAUUUUAAGAGAGUUACUAUUAAAUCCCUUCUUUGCGUAGCGUAAGGAGGAUUGGAACAAGGGAAACUGUGCGCCCUUUAACUUAUUCAUUCCCUAUGGGUUAAUAUUAGUACCUCUAUAGGCAGACUUCAAGAGUAAGAUAUAUAUAUGCUAUUAAAUAUAUCACUUGUUUUCCGCCCCCUUUUGUACGUAAUGUGUGGCGUGUGGGAUAGUUAGAACACUUUAUUUCCUCCCUUCCCAAUACUUUACAUAAGGGUGAAUGAUGUAGCCUAUAGUAUUGGAUUCUCUUGUAUGGGGGUUGGUUGGUGUAUGUCUGCGGGUGUGCUAGGAAUGAGAGAAGUGUUACUUUAUAUGGAGUAGAAUGCUGUGUGUUAUGAAUUACGUGUGUGUGUGUGCGUGUGUAUGAAAAGUUCUGGUACCUUAUCUUGUUUUCAGUGUUCAGAUUAAUUAAAUAUAUAAUGAGAGGUU